AUGCGGCUCGGCAAGUUGAAAUUUGGAAACUCAACUAACGCAGACCACCUGUUGUAUGUCCGACGAUGCGCUCUGAAAACACCCGUUCAUGGAGAUUGCCAGAUUUGUGAUCAGCCGGGACAUGUGAUUCAUUUUGGCGUGCUUACCUGCCGAGCAUGCGCUGCUUUCUUCAGGCGAACGGUGGUUAUGAAUCGCCAAUAUACAUGCAGGCGAGCAAAUGAAUCGUGCCAAAUCUCGAAGGAUGAACGUUAUCUAUGCAGGUUGUGUCGAUAUAACAAAUGCAUGCGACUCGGGAUGACGCCAGAAAGUAAGUCUCGAGCUAUUUGAUG